CUCCAAGCGCAUCGCAUCCUCGCGCCUCACGCCCUCUCCACACCGGCCCACACACGCACUCCCGCCCGCCCGCCGCUAGGACCACACGCCGCCGCCGCAAGCAUGUACGGCGCCGGCCAGUGGGGCGGCCAGCAGGGCCAGCCGCAGCAGCAGGGCUACAUGCAGCCGCAGAUGACCGGCUAUCCGCAGCAGCAGCAGGGCCAGUUCCAGCAGCAGCAGCAGCAGCGUCCGAUGCAGCAGCAGGGCUUCAUGCAGCCGCAGCAGACGGGCAUGAUGGGCAUGCAGCCGCAGCAGACCGGCAUGAUGGGCGGCAUGGGCAUGGGCAUGCAGCCGCAGGCAACGGGCAUGGGCAUGGGCGGCAUGGGCAUGGGCAUGGGUGGCAUGGGCCUGGGCGGUCCCGGCAUGGCACAGCAGCGCUUCGGCGGCGGCGGCGCGCCGUCGCCCGGCAUGCUCGGCCCUGGCGGCAGUGGCAUGCUCGGCGGCCAGCAGCCCAACCGCUUCCUCUCGCCGUCGCCCGGCCUCGCGCCGCAGCAGACGGGCAUGAUGCGCCCGCAGCAGCAGCAAGGCCUCUCGCCGCAGAUGACCGGCUACCCCGGCAUGCAGCCGCAGCAGACGGGCCUCAUGCCGCAGAUGACGGGCAUGCCGAUGGACCCGCGCAUGCAGCUCAUGAGCUCGCAGUUCCUGCCGGCGUCGCAGCCGUUCAGCGGCGGCGCACCGCUGGCGUCCAACAUGAACUUCAGCAACGCCUCGAUGCAGCCGGCCAACUUUCAGUCGAGCAUCCAGACGCUCUCGCAGCAGCAGGCCGGCACGCGCGAGCCGCGCAUCCCGUGGGCGCUCAGCAAGGAGGAGCGCAAGUCGUACGACGCCAUCUUCCGUGCAUGGGACCAGCAGGGCACCGGCUUCGUCUCGGGCGACGUGGCGCGCGAGGUCUUCGGGCAGAGCGGCCUCGACCAGGACCGCCUGAUGCAGGUGUGGCACCUCUCCGACACGGAGAACCGCGGCAAGCUCAACCUCGCCGAGUUCCACGUUGCUAUGGGCCUCAUCUACCGCGCUCUGAACGGCAACGACAUGCCCAACGAGCUGCCGCCGGAGCUCAUCCCGCCCUCGGCGCGCGACCUGUCGGAGAGCGUCGACUUCCUCAAGGACCUGCUCAAGCGCGACACCAACGUGCGCAACACGACGGGCCUCAACAUUCCCGAGGCCGGCAGCAACUCCAACACGUCGUACUCCAAGACGCGCUCUUUCCACGAGAACCCCGUGGCGCCGGGCGCCGGCGGCGUGCCCAAGAAGGACGCCGCCGCGUACAAGCACGAGGACGGCUCCGCCACGAGCGGCUACAAGAGCAGCUCGCGCCAUCUCGACCGGCGCACCGUGCGCUACGGCGGCGAGAGCGCUGCCGACGAUCUCAGCGAGAUGAAGCGCCAGCUGACGAGCACACAGCGUAUGCUCGACGAUGGCAACAAGUCCGACGACGACGACGAUGCGCGCGAGCUCGAGCGCGAGAUGGAGGAGCUGCGCUUCCGCAUCCGCCGCGUGCAGGACGACAUCGAGUACUACAACCGCCGCGGCGGCCGCGAGUCGGGCGAGAGCCGGCGCAAGGCCGAGCGCGAGCUCAUGCACCUGCUGCACGAGCGCCUGCCGCUGCUCGAGAAGCGUCUCGAGGCCAAGGACGCCAAGAAGCGCGACCGCCGCCUCGACGAGAGCCGUGCGCGCGACCGCCGCAACGAUGCCUCGUACAGCCGCGGCUCGGCGUACCGCGACUCGGACCGCGACUACUCGCGCAGCAGCUCUGCCGCGCAGGACCGCGACGACCGGGACCGCCGCGACGACCGCAGCCGCUACGACGACCGGGAGCGCGACCGCUACGAUGACCGCGAGCGCGACGACGAACGCCGUCGGCGAGACGAUCGCGAUGCGCGCCCGCGCAGCCCGGCGCCCGCACCACCCGCACCGCCGGCCCCAGUGGAGCGCGCCGCUCCGCCACCGCCGGCGCCAGCUGCUGCUCCUGCCGCUGCUGCUCCGCCACCGGCCGCCGGCCCGCCCAAGAACGCCACGCCCGAGGAGCGCCAGGCUUGGAUCCGCGAGCAGGCGCAGAAGCGCAUCCAGGAGCGCAUGCGUGCCCUGGGCGCCGUCGCCCCCUCCUCAGCUCCGAGCGCGCCGGAUCCGACUGUCGAGGCGCGGCUUGCAGCUGACAAGGCCGAGGCUGAGGCCCGCUCCGCUCAGGCCGACGAAGAGGCCCGCGUGCGCGAAGAGGCGCGCAAGGCUCGCAUCGAAGAGCAGCGCCUCGAGCGCGAGAAAGUCGCCGUGCAGACGGUCAAGGCGGAGGUCGCCGAGCAGGCGGCCAGCGAUGCGCCGCCGCCGCUCGCCGUCGUGCAGGCGGCCAAGGAGGAGAUCAACGACCAGGAGGAGAUGAUCCGCCGGCGCGAGGAGGUGCUCAAGAAGGAGAAGGAGGAGCGCAUGGCGCGCCUCAAGAAGCUCGAGGAGGAGGAGGCAGAGGCACAGCGGCAGGAAGAAGCCUUCAAGCAGAAGCAGAGCAUGUUCGCCAGCAAGCCGGCUACAAGCUCGGCCCUGCCGGCACCGGCGCGCAAGGGCAAGGGCGGCCCGCCGCCGCCGCCGCCGUCGCGCAAGGCUGGCGCGUCUGCAGCUGCCUCGGCCGCUGCGCCGCCGCCUGCGCCGCCUGCUGCCCCGGCGGCUCCCACGCCGCCGGCUCCGCCGGCGCCGCCAGCUGCGCCCGAGGCACCUGCCGCCGCGCCCGGCUCCACGAACCCGUUCCACCGCAUGCAGGGCGGCGCGCCCGCUGCUGGUGCUGCAGCCGCAGCCAGCACGAAUCCCUGGGCCGCAUCGUCUCCCGGUGGCCUUCCCGCUCCCUCGCGCUCGGCGGCGCCAUCCGCCCCUGCUGCGCCCGCGCCGCCGACAUCGUCCGCCUUCCGCGCGCCCCCAUCGCGCGCCGCGCCGGCCGACGACGACUGGGGAGACUCGGACAAGGACGACGACGAUGACGAUGACCCGGACGGACCUGGCAGCAGCUCGCGCGCCACGAGACAGAACCUCGCCGCCGCGCUCUUCAGCGGCCUCGUCCCGCAGGCCACCGGCCGUGCCACGCCGCCGUCCGCUCCUGCCACGCCCAAGUCGGCACCGCCGCCGCCUGCCGCGCCGCCCGCACCACCAGCUCCUCCGGCCGCCGCGGCGCCGCCUGCACCGCCUGCUCCUCCUGCUGCGCCUCCGGCCCCGCCGGCGCCUCCUGCUGGCGGCCCGCCGGUCUUUGGCGCGCCUGCGCCACCGCCGCCGCCGCCGGCCGCACCUUCCGGCCCCUUCGUGCCGCCGCCGGAGGCCGGCAACCGCGGAGCGCUCCUCGGCGCCAUUCAGGGCGGCCUAAAGCUGCGCAAGGCCGUGACAGUGGACAAGUCUGGCCCGCUCGUGGCCGGUGCCGUCAAGGGCGACCCAGGCCCGCCGGUGCAGAAGUACGUGCCGCCGCCGAGCCCUCCGCCUGCGCCCGCAGCGCCGAUGGCUCCGGAGCCCAACUGGAACCGGCAGUCCGUCGACUGGGCCAACAACAUGGCCGUCGACCAGAUGAACGGCCAGAAGGCCAGCCUGCUGCCCGAUGAGCCGUCGGUGCGCGAGGAGCCCGAGGACAGCGGCGACGAGGACGAGGCGCCCGAGGACCCCAACGGCCACAACCUGCCGGCCCUCAGCGUCGAGCCCCCGAACGGCGGCUACACACCUGCCGAGAUCGACACGCCUGCGACUGCCGCAGCGGCUGAGGACGCGACUGCUGCAGACCCCGAGGACCCGACGGCCGACUACGACCUCACGCAGUCUGUGCGCUGCCGCUCACUGUAUGCGUACGAGGCACAGCGCGACGAGGACCUUGGCUUCGAGGAGCAUCAGGUCAUCAUCGCGCACCCGGCCAAGGACGCCGGCGGCGACUGGUGGUACGGCACGCUGCUCUCCGGCGCCGCCGGCACCAAGGGCACCUUCCCCAAGGCCUACGUGCAGCCUAUCCAGCCUGCGCAUGCCAAGGCGCUCUACGACUUCACAGGCUCUUCGGCCGAAGAGGCAAGCUUUACUGUCGGCCAAGAGCUCAUCGUCGUGGACCAGGAGGACCCGGACUGGUGGCGUGUCGACCACGCGGACCAGAUCCUCAUCGCGCCGGCGGCCUACCUCGAGCUGAGUGUCGCUCAACGAAGCGAGGUGCCCAAGCCGGCUGCUGGCAGCGCAAGCACGCCGCCUGCUGAGCCUGUGCCCGUUGCGGCCAGGCUGGCGGAUGCGCCGAGCGCUGUAGCUGCGCCACCCGUGCUGGCACCUCUGGCGCCCGAGGCCCGAGAGCUAAGCUCGCUGGGCAGCCCCGCAGACGUCCCCGACGUGCCGCCGCGGCUCGCCACGCCUCCGCCAGGCACGGACGAGGCGUUGCAGCAAGCGCUGCGCGAGUCGCAGCAGCAGCAUGCGGCCCUCGAGCGUCUGCAGGACCCUGGCGAAGACGACGCGGCGGCGCUGCGUCAGGCUCUCGACGAGUCGCAGAAGGACGACCGCUUGCUGCGCGUGGCCCGAGCACGAGAGGAGAAGGACCUUCAGCGGGCGCUGGAGCUGUCGCGACAGGCUGCGAGCACUCCGCCGCCUGCCGAGCCCGCUGCGCAGCUCAGCGCCUCCGAGCUGGUCGAGACGGCCGACGAUGACGAAGACGACUCCUCUGAUGAGUCGGCCACCGGCUGGACAUCAAGCGAGGACGAGAGCGAGGAAGAGGAGGCCGCCGAGAUCGAGACGGAGGAGACGCGCCGGCAGCGAGUCAUGGAGCGGCUGCGCGUGCUCGAGGCUGCCGGUGUGAUCGUGCGUAACGAGGACGAGACAGCCGGCGGCGAGGACGGGGAUGCAGCGGAGGGCAACGCUCCAAUGCGGCGACGCAGCACAGUGCGUCGCAAGCCAGAGGCACCCGAGCGACGCAAAACGGUGCGCCGGAACCGCAGCAAGAGUGCCCUCAAGCCUCGCCCCGAGCGGCCGCUGCCUCCGCCUCCCGCGCCGGUCGAGCCCGAGAAGCAGAUCGACGAUGCGUACGACCGCUUCCAGCGCAUGGCAGCCGAGGUGUCGCUGAGCCAGGAGUCGAGCGCAGCCGCCGUCACGUCGCCGAAGCGCGCUUCACGCCGGACCUCUGCUGGCCCUGGGGGCUCCGCGACGCCGCCGAUGCCCUCGUCCCCGCCGCCAGAGAGCGCCUCCGCCGGAUCGUCCAGGUUUGGCGCGGGAGAAGGCCGCACCUCGCACUUCCUCAGCACCAUCAAGGGGCUCGGCUCGCGCAGAGGCGCCGCCAGUCCAGCCGAGCGCAAGGCGACGCCAACGAUCUCCGGCCCGAUGGCGCUCGGCUCGCCUUCGCUCAACUCACUCUCGUCCGACGUGACAGAGGGCGGCUUUGCAGCCGAGCAAGCUGCCAUGACGACGUCUGGCUGGGCCAGCAUGGUGCCGGCCGAGGUGCUGAGCUCGCUGUCGGACAAGGAGCGCAAGCGGCAAGAGGCCAUCUUUGAGUUCAUCGCGACAGAGAGCACGCAUGUGCGCGACCUGCAGAUCAUCGUCGAGGUCUUCUUCAACGAGAUGCAUGCCUCGGGCCUGCUCAGCGCCAAGGCCUCGCGCGUCGUCUUUGCCAACGUGGAGGAGGUGCUGCUGGCGGCCGUGUCGCUGCUGUCGGACCUCGAGACGCGGCAGCGCAUGGAGGUGUACGUGUCGAGCAUCAGCGACAUUCUGGCGCGGCACAUGCCGGCCAUGCAGGUUUACCUGCCCUACUGCGUCAACCAGACGUCGGCGGCGCAGAUCCUGCAGAGCGAGCGGCAGCGCAACCCGGCGAUCGACGCUCAGCUGCAGACGCUGCGCCGUGAGCAUCCGGCGGCACGGGGGCUGGACCUUUCGAGCUUCCUCCUGAUACCCAUGCAACGCCUCACGCGCUACCCUCUGCUCAUCUCGCAGAUCGAGCGCUACACCGAGCCCGACGUGGGCGAUGCCGAGGCGCUGCACUCUGCGCUGCGCAUGUCCGAGUCGAUUCUGAACAAGACAAACGAGGCGAUCCGCGAGCGCGAGACGCGCGAGCGGCUGCACGCCAUCUCGGAGGAUCUCUGGGUCGGCAAGGCGGCGCGCCUCGACCUGACCAAGGACACGCGGGCGAUGGGUCCGCGGCGCAUCGUGCGCGAGGACGUGCUGACCAAGGCCAAGUCGGGGCGCAAGCUGACGGCCGUGCUGUGCUCGGACCUGCUCGUGCUGCUCAGCGAGCGCAAGCUGUACCGCAUGCCCAUGCCGCUCGAGGAGCUCGUCGUGCGCGAGGUGCCCGCUGGCCUGACUGGUCGCGACGACCUCGCCUUCCAGCUCGUGCACGGCGGCACGGACAAGAUCAACCUCCGCGCCAGCUCGCCGCGUGCGUGCCACGCCUGGAUGCAGGCCAUCAACGAGGCGCGCUCGGCAUGCCUCGAGGCAUCGAUGCGAGCGCCGCGGCAGGCUCGCCACUCGGGCGCGGCAGUCUCGGUGUUCUAGAGGUUCCCACACCCCCUCGUCUGCUCGAAUGAGCCCUUCCUCUCCAUGCAACGCAUGCAUACCUGCACCCGUGCAGCCCUGUGCUCCGCUGCGCCGGCGGCAUGCACCCUCGCUUGCGGAG